GAUAGAACAACUGUCAUUGACUAGUAGCUCCAUGUCACUUACUGACAGAUAACCUAAUUUAUGAAUAAUGAAAUGUUAUGGUUAUUAUUAUCUGUUCAUCUGUCUACAUAUCGACUACACAAUGUAAAUUAUUUAAAUUAUAUGUGACUCAUUAAGGUGCAAUUCUAAAAAAUAUAUUAGUACUCUAUAUAAUAUAGUUGGAGAUGUCUGAACUCAAAACCAGUCGUGUACCACCGGCUUUACAACAGCUACUCAAAUAUGAUGCUUACGUAACUAAUGAGUUUUUAACUUGGAUAAACAAACUUAUUGUUGUUGAUACACUUACAACUUAUUGUAAAGCAUUAGAAAUAUCCUGUCAUGGAAUCCCAUGGUUUGCUUUUUGGAUUGCAUUUACGUGGUUAUUCAAUAACCCCAGCUUGGUGCAGUUACAAGUUAAUAUACUUCUAGGGCUCUUUAUUGAUAUCAUUAUGGUAGCUGUUGCCAAAGCCUAUUUCCGACGUAAAAGGCCACCAAGAAACAUCUAUGAUGACCCUAUUGCAAAUAUAAGCAUGGAUGUAUUCAGCUUUCCUUCAGGGCAUGCUAGUAGAUCAGUUUUUGUAGCAUACUUCUUCACCUGGUUGUGGCCAGUUCAUUUCACUUUAAUACCUCUAUUUAUAGUUUGGAGUAUAGCAGUAUGCCUUAGUAGAAUUUUGAUGAAUAGGCAUUAUAUCAUGGACAUAUUAGGAGGUGUCUUAUUGGGUAUUUUAAAUGGAUUGUUGAUUGAUUUCCUCUGGGUGCAAGAUAGUACCGCUAGAUGGUUACUUAAUAUUGUUUCAGAUGAUAAGUUAGACGGUGGAGAGUACCAUGUUUGAAUUUGUUAACUAUAUUUACACCAUAGAUAUUUUAAUUGUAAAACAAGCAAAUACGUCUUAACUUUGAUUAUCAGAAACUUCUAAGUAAUCUGUACAUUUGAUUAUUUUCAUAAAUUAGUAGGUUUUUGUUAGUGUUUUAUAAAUAACCUGUUUAUCUCAAAUAUUUAAUUUUUAGUAUUAUACAAAUAUAAUUUUUUGCCGUUUUUUGAAGGUCACAAAUAAAAUGUUUUAAGUAGUUUAUAAAAGUGUGAUAAAAAUUUGUUAUCAAAUAUUUCAAUAAAUGUUCUUAUGUUUGAUUCCAUGAAGUAUUUGUAUACUAACUUGUCACAUAAUUUACCUCCUAACUUUGAUUUAAUUUCGAAUGAUGUUGGGUGUUGAGUACUCAAAAUAAAAUUGUCCAAGAGUUUUUUUAAAAUGUCAACUUUUCGAUCUUUAUCAAGGCUAAAAAUAUAUGGUACAUUAUAACUGUAAUGUUGAUGAAGAUAAACAAGUAAACAAAAAAUUGUGAAAUUAGAAAUAAAACAAUAAGAUCGUGUAACAAUAUAAAUACCUAUACAUGUAUAUAUAAAUGAAUAGGAUAAACUUGAGAUUGAGAUGAUAGGAAUUAAAUGUACAUAUUACUGUCUCAAUUUGGGGCGUUGUAUUGACUAAAAUGAAAUCAUCAACCUAAAUUUUCACAGAAUUAACUGGAAAGGGUAGUUGCCUCAAAAUUUCAGUAACCAGAUCAUUCGUGAGCAAAUUUGCCAAAACUGGGCUAGCAGGAUUUCCCAUGACUGUGCCUUCCAGUUGUUUGUAGAGUCUGUCGUUGAAAGAAAAGUAACUGGAUCUAAAUAAGUAAUGAAUUAAUUCUAUAAUCAAAUUAUUCUGUACAUCAGUGUAUGCAGAUAGGUAUUUCCAGUGUUUUCUAAUGAGUUCAUUUACUAAAAUCUAGGUGUAUUAGUAAAAGUGAUACUACCAAGUCUAAAGAUAUCAGAUUUUAUUUAAUACUAAUCUACAAAAGCCAAGGUAUUCAAAGCUUUUGACCUAGAGCUUUUUGAUUCUUCUAAUUUUAUUAUAUAAAUUCUAAUUGAACAAUUAUAAGAAACCAGCUUCUAUCUGGAGCCUCCAAUGAAAAUGAAUAAAAAUUGGAGAUCAAGAAUUAACCCAACAUUUACUGAAAUUCCGAAAAAUAAGAAAAUAUAAAGAUGCAAAAGGAAUUAAACUAAAAGGGAAAAAAAGAGAAA